CCCUCCCACAAAAGGGACUCACGUAAUCACUCUUGAAAACAAUGUGCAAGGGUAAACUUUCACAGUCAGGCUAUCCUGCUAAUGCCCUCAACUAACUGCUCACAGGAACUAAGAAGCUGCAGAUAUGUCCACUGAGCUUCCUGCAGAAACAUCAGUUGCAGAAAUGGACAUUUUCACAACUUCUGAGACAAACAGUUCUACCUGUGACUUGUAUGAACAUAAAGAUACAGCAAGGAUACUCCUAUCUGUGUUCUACGGCCUCAUCUUAAUUCUUGGAGUACUUGGAAACACAAUUGCCCUCACCGUCAUUUUUAAAAACAGAAAGAAGAUAAACUCUACUACCCUCUAUUCAACAAAUCUUGUCCUCUCAGAUCUACUGUUCUGUAUUGCCCUGCCCACAAGGAUAGCCUACUAUGCGCUGGGAUUCCACUGGCCAUUCGGAGAAGCAUUAUGUCGAAUAACUGCUCUCUUAUUUUACAUUAACACUUAUGCAGGUGUGAACUUCAUGACAUGUUUGAGUAUUGACAGAUUUUUUGCUGUCGUCCAUCCAUUCCGAUACAAGAUUAGAAGGAUUAAAUACGCCAAGGGCAUUUGUGUAUUUAUCUGGUUUCUUGUAUUCAGCCAAACUUUCCCAUUGCUUAUACAGCCCAUGACACAUGAAGAAAAUGGAAGGACUACAUGUAUGGAAUAUCCAAACUUUGAAAAAAUAGCCCAUUUACCAUUUAUACUUCUUGCUGCCUGUUUAGUAGGAUAUCUUAUUCCCCUUGGAAUUAUACUAUUUUGUUAUUCUCAAAUUAGCUGCAAACUUUUUCAAACAGCCAAGGAAAAUCCACUGACUGAAAAAUCAGGGAUAAACAAAAAAGCUAUCAAUACAAUCCUAUUUGUAAUUAUAGUGUUCAUCAUCUGCUUUACCCCUUAUCAUGUUGCAAUCAUACAACACAUGAUUAAGAAGCUUCAGUAUCAACCCUUAUGCAAUGAAAAUCAAAUUUUCCAGAAGUCACUCCAUUAUACUGUGUUUCUGAUGAAUUUUAAUUGCUGUCUGGAUCCUUUCAUCUAUUUCUUUGCAUGCAAAGGAUACAAAAGGACUGUACUGAAAAUACUGAGGCGACAAGUCAGCGUAUCAAUUUCAAGUGCUGCCAGAUCACACCAUGAAGAAAGCUCACGCGAUGUGGGAGAAACACAAAUGAUGGUACUUGCAAAAUCUGCCAAUGGGAAGUUACCUGAAAAAUCAAGUCUGUAGUAUACUGCAGUGAAGUGGGCUUAAAAAUCCUGGGUCCGUGGUAAAAAUUCUUAGCAUUCCCUCUACAGUAGCUUCAGGAAGAUUCUGUUUUUCAGGAUGUCAGGAAAUCAAGGACUGAUGUUAGACCGAAAAAGAAUUACCACACGACAGCAGGAAGACUCAAAAUUACAACUUCCUAGCUACAUCAUUUUGACUGAUGUCAUUACUUUUUCCAGGAAAUGCACACCAUUGUGAACGUCCAAAUUCCAUACUGCACAUACAUACUCCUGGAUGUCAUUAACUCAAGCAAAGACUUGACUCAGUUUAACUCGAUGCUUGAGAAAGGAUAAAACCAAAAAUAGCUUAUAACUCAGAGUGACUACAACUAGCACAUCUGAAAAUUACAAGAACUCUAGCUGAGCUUCAAGUACAUCAGUGGGUUUGUUAUCCUAAUCACACAAGUCAAGCAAUCAAUUUUUUAGGAAAAAUGGACAACUUCCACGCACAGUUUCACUAUCGCAAGUGCUUAGUUUAUAGUCAUUUGGAGGUAAAAGUGCAUUUCAUAGUACUUACAGAUUAUAUAGUACUAUAUAGAUUACAUACGUCUUACCGGAAAAUUCACAGAGAUACUUCUGUCAAAUGUAAUAGAUGAAAAUUUAAUGAACUCUUCAGUUCUCCCCAAUACUGACUAUGCUCCAUACAUUAAAUCAUUCAUCUUUUCAA